CUGAUUGGUUCUCAGCCGUAUCCGGUGGGGCAGCGGUCCAAGGCUCGAGAAAAAAAAAUCGAAUCGAGCAGCAAGCUCUGGUAACGGUGUGCUUUGUGAAAUAAACCAUACAUCCCGGGUCUUUAUCGAAAGGCUCGGUGGGAUUUUACCGUUUUUCUCUAAGGUUAGAGGUCAUAGAGCAGGGUUGCGGCUGUCGUCAUGGCAUCUGGAAGUACGAGCAGCGAGGAAGAGCGGAGCCUCAGGGAGUGUGAGCAGUACGUGCAGAAACACAACAUCCAGCAGCUGCUGAAGGACUGCAUUGUCCAGCUGUGCACCUCCAGGCCUGACAGGCCCAUGGCCUUCCUCAGGGAGUAUUUCGAGAGGCUGGAAAAGGAGGAGGCCAAGCAGAUUCAAAACCAGCAGAAGGGCAGCAGCUCCCGUUCAGACUCGCGUGAUGAGGAAGUGUCUCCACCCAUGAACCCUGUGGUGAAGGGUCGCCGUCGGAGAGGAGCCUUCAGUGCAGAGGUUUACACAGAGGAGGAUGCAGCCUCAUAUGUCAGAAAGGUCAUUCCAAAGGACUACAAAACGAUGGCUGCUUUGGCUAAAGCCAUUGAAAAAAAUGUGCUUUUCUCACACCUCGAUGACAAUGAAAGGAGCGACAUAUUUGACGCCAUGUUUCCAGUCACUUACAUUGCUGGAGAAACAGUUAUUCAGCAAGGUGAUGAAGGGGACAACUUCUACGUCAUCGACCAAGGAGAGAUGGACGUGUAUGUGAACAAUGAAUGGGUGACCAGCAUCGGAGAGGGAGGCAGCUUCGGAGAGCUGGCACUAAUCUACGGCACCCCGAGAGCAGCUACAGUCAGAGCCAAGACCAACGUGAAGCUGUGGGGCAUCGACAGAGACAGCUACAGGAGAAUACUUAUGGGAAGCACUUUGAGAAAGAGGAAGAUGUAUGAGGAAUUCCUCAGGAAAGUGUCCAUUUUAGAGUCUCUUGACAAAUGGGAGCGUUUGACAGUGGCUGACGCCUUGGAGCCUGUUCAGUUCGAGGAUGGACAGAAGAUCGUUGUUCAGGGCGAGCCUGGAGAUGAGUUCUUCAUUAUUUUAGAGGGUUCAGCAGCUGUUCUGCAGCGUCGCUCUGAGAACGAGGAAUUUGUUGAAGUGGGAAGAUUAGGACCAUCUGACUACUUUGGUGAGAUCGCUCUGCUGAUGAACCGCCCUCGUGCUGCCACAGUGGUUGCUCGCGGCCCCCUGAAGUGUGUCAAGCUGGACCGGCCCCGUUUCGAGCGCGUCCUGGGCCCCUGCUCAGACAUUCUCAAACGCAACAUCCAGCAGUACAACAGCUUCGUGUCGCUGUCUGUCUGAGGGAGGAGCAUCCCUCCCGAUCUUCUCUGCCCAACCCCUCCACUUCCUCACCUUCUUCUCUUCUUUCAGACCUAAGGUCCACAAAUGCAAUUAGCUUUUUGUUGUCACUUUGCUCUCAGUUCUUUUUGGCUUCUGAUUUCUGUCUUUGUUUUACUGAAAGAAAUCAUUUUGCUGUUACCACGUGUCACGCUGUGGUGACUUUAAGCCAUUCACCAGCGCUUGUACCAGCUGCUGUACGCUACCUUGUAGACACAGUUACACCACUUGUUACUUAUCUUUUAAUUUUUAGAUUUAAUUUUAAAACAGGAGAUCUGAAAGACUUCAAGGUCUCAGACUGAUGAGACAAUCAGACCUUACAAGGCACCUUUACUGUUUGGGUUUUAUCUCUGCAGAUGAGGUGAAGGCUGACUCCUCCCUCUUUAGGUCAUGUCGGUUUAACGUACACAGGAACAAGGCAGAAAUAUGGCCGCAUCCAACUGUCUUUCAGUGUAUUAGUCCUUUCUUUUUGAAAUCAGCUGUAACCUAAAGCUCCAUUUGUUUUAUUGGGUUUUUGUUACCCUUUCAUGAGGAUAAUGUAGACGGUGACGUGUCUGUUUUGCUUGGUUUGGGACAGUUUGUACAAAUUAAACGUUUUUAUUGUGCAGCUACCAGGCUAGUGCCAAAUGUUGAUUAUUGUCACAGUGCAGAAAUGUUCCCUUGAGCUCCAGCAGGAAGUGGCUACCACCCUUAAGAGUCCUCCCAGUCGACUGAACAACCACACAAGAACUGCCUUGAAAACUCGAAGAAAAAAAAUAGAAAGUGAAGUUGAGGAGUAUUACGUGAGUUUCAGUAUUCAGUUUGUUUAGAAAAUACCAAAUAACUUGGUCACUCUUCUGCUAUUGUUUAUAAUCAAAAUGUUAGUAUAGGUAAAAUAGUUCUAUUAUUAUCAUUGAAAAAAUGAUAAAUCUUUUGGUUUGGAGUGAAAUAUGUUUAACUGUCUUUUGUAAACACUUAUUUUUCCAUAAAUUCUAUUUUAGGUGUUUGGUGCCACAAAGUAAUAAAUAAGUAAACGGUUGUUCUUGUCGACUGACAUCAACAGUAUGUACUCGUAUCGUGUAAAACGUCAUGGGAAAACCUUUUCAAUUUAGAACAGAAGACGAGUUACAGGAAAGUGUGGAAAUAUUUAGCUGUGAACGCCGACGGCAGAGCGGGCAGAUGCUCUCGUUGCUUCUUAUCGGCCAUUGGAAGAAGAGUAACUUGUGAUCCGUUCUGUACGCAUACUUGGCGUGAUGUUUUAGGGCAUCCAGUGAUCCGGUGUGAAUGGAAGGGUGUAUUUAAAGGAGAAAAAAGCUUGUUCCAGAAGCAGGAACUUUGUCAAAUAUUUCCUUUGUUAUUCCUUUGCUUAACUGCUUCACCAUUAUUUAAAUGGCAUACAAUGUUUUUGUAAGAUCUCUCCUGAAUGAGACUAUGUUGACCCAACUCCUCAUUCCUGCUUAACUCUUUUGUCAGAACUAAAUCUGCUGUUUUUGCUUCUUUUAAAGCAGUUGUAUGCGCUUCAUUUUGAAAUGUAUGUUUGGUUUUUGGUACUGAUUGCAGAGUGUUCAGCUCGGUGACAGGAACGUUUAAACUGAUCAUCUGUUCUCCCUGACCCUUAUACUCGGAUGUGGUGGUUCAUGGCUUUGUGUCCACUGAUAACACAUCCUGUUUCUCCUUCGUCAGGAUUGAGGGAUUCACCUUUGUCAGAACAUGGUUUUCAUGUAAAUAGCUGCAUCAUAGGUUUUAGUUGGACAGGUUUUUAGCCACACUGCAAUCGUCCCGGUUUGCCUUAGCUUACCUAACCUGGGCUUACAGUAGUCGUUCGUCACUCCUGCUAGCCCGACCUUCAGAGAACUUGAUCGGUGUGCAGCGCGAGGAGCUGCAGGCCAUCAGAGGACCAUUCUUUUUCUAUUCUAACCUGUAUUUAGUUUGACUUCCUGUAUGUGCAAAGAUGUUUAUCCUUUUGGUAUAGAUUGUUCCAGAUGGCAGUUUAAGCAAUAAAAAAGUAAAAAGUCA